CUGUUGAUUUUGCUCGUAAACUUAAGACCGUUCGUAGUAGUAGUUAUUGUUUUUUUUCCGCCCCCGUAAAGUCAGAUUCCGCGGACCGCUCGGUGGAAAAGCACGCGACUCGACACUAGCCGGAAAAAAGGGAAACUCGGUGAGAAGAGGGAACGGAAGGAAAGCAAACCAAAACAAACCAAACGAAACGCGGUGCAAUAAUGAAGGUCUGCUGCAUUGGCGCUGGAUAUGUCGGGGGUCCGACCUGCGCGGUUAUGGCGCUCAAGUGCCCCGAUAUCGUGAUAACCCUGGUGGACAAGAGCGUCGAGCGGAUUGCCCAGUGGAAUUCGGAUAAAUUGCCCAUUUACGAGCCCGGUCUGGAUGAGGUGGUCAAGAAGUGCCGCAAUGUGAACCUCUUCUUCUCCACGGACAUGGAAACGGCCAUCAAGGAGGCGGACCUCAUCUUCAUCUCGGUGAACACGCCCACAAAAACCUGCGGCAAUGGCAAAGGCCGAGCGGCGGACCUCAAGUACGUGGAGAGUGCAGCCCGAAUGAUCGCCGAGAUCGCGCAGUCCAACAAGAUUGUGGUGGAGAAGAGCACGGUGCCCGUGAGGGCGGCAGAGAGCAUCAUGCACAUCCUCCGGGCGAACCAAAAGCCGGGCAUCCACUACGAUAUUCUGUCCAACCCAGAGUUCCUGGCCGAGGGCACUGCCAUCAAUGACCUACUGAAUGCGGAUCGCGUGCUGAUCGGCGGCGAGGAGACGCCCGAGGGUCAUCAGGCGGUGGAGAAGCUGUCGUGGAUCUACGAGCACUGGAUACCCAAGCAGAACAUCCUCACGACCAACACGUGGAGCAGUGAACUAUCCAAGCUGGCGGCGAAUGCCUUUCUGGCCCAACGCAUUUCGAGCAUCAAUUCACUGUCGGCUGUGUGCGAAGCCACGGGAGCAGAUGUCUCCGAGGUGGCGAGGGCCGUCGGUCUGGAUUCCCGCAUCGGUUCCAAGUUCCUGCAGGCCUCCGUGGGCUUCGGCGGCAGCUGCUUCCAGAAGGACAUCCUCAAUCUGAUCUACAUCUGCGAGAACCUCAAUCUGCCGGAGGUGGCCGCCUAUUGGCAGCAGGUGAUCGACAUGAACGAGUACCAGAAGCGGCGGUUCUCGCAGAAGAUCAUCGAGAGUCUGUUCAACACGGUGUCGGACAAGAGGAUAGCUAUUCUGGGCUUUGCGUUCAAGAAAAACACGGGCGAUACCCGCGAAACGGCCGCCAUUACGGUGUGCCAAACUCUGCUGGAGGAAGGCGCCGCCCUGGAUAUCUACGAUCCGAAAGUGGAGCCCGAACAAAUCAUCGACGACCUCACGCAUCCAAGUGUCACGGAAUCCCCGGAGAAGGUGAAGAAGGCGGUUCAGAUCCACAGCGAUCCCUACAGUGCCGUUCGAGCCACCCAUGCGUUGGUCAUCUGCACGGAGUGGGAUGAGUUCGUGGACCUGGACUUUAAGCGCAUUUACCAGUCAAUGAUGAAGCCGGCCUACAUCUUCGAUGGCCGCAAGAUCCUCGACCACGAGCGACUGCAGCAGAUUGGCUUCCACGUUCAGACCAUCGGCAAGAAGUACCAGCGAGCCGGUCUGCUGCGCUCCUGGGGCAUUGUGCCGCAGCUUUAGGUGCGAAGGGCGGCGGAGGUGGUGGCAUUUACACUUAAAGUUGGCGAAAUUUCCAGUAUUUGCGAGACUAAACUGUAAAUAACCGUAUCUGUUUUUUGUGUCUGUGCGUUAGAGUGGGUCGAUUUGGAGGAUUAAGAGAAGGUGGGACGGAAAGUAAUCUGACAUAAAAUCUUUGACCC